AUGGCAUCUCCGCCCCGCCGUCGCCUCGUAGGCGUAUCCACCAAGAUGUUCUUCUCCGCCGCCCGAACGCGGACAUACAUCAACGACCUCCUCCACAUCCUCUCCAACCCCCCAUCCCCCGACCUCCUGCAAGAAAUAGACAUCUUCCUAAUCCCCGACCACCUCACCCUCGCAACCUCCAUAACCCAACUCCGCACCUCCCCCGUCCCCAUCCUCCCGGGCGCCCAGGACACCCACCACGCCGACAGCGGCGCCUACACCGGCGCCGUCUCGCCCGCCGUGCUGGCCGAGCUAGGCUGCCGCAUCGUAGAACUAGGCCAUGCCGAGCGCCGCCGCCUCUUCGGCGAGACGGACGAGACGACAGCGCUCAAGGCCGCGGCUGUGGCGCGCAACGGUAUGACACCACUUGUAUGCAUCGGCGAGCGCACGCGCGGCGAGAUCGGCGUCGCGGUGGACGAGUGCGUCGUCCAGGUCGAGGCCGUCGUGGCCGCCGUGCCGGCGGACAGCGAGCUGAUACUGGCGUACGAGCCGGUGUGGGCGAUCGGGGCGGCGCAGCCGGCGGGCGCUGAACAUGUCGUCGGCGUGGCAAGGGCGAUCAGGGGGCUGGCUUGCGUGCAGGGCAGGAAGGGGACGACGCGGAUUCUGUACGGUGGAAGUGCGGGGCCGGGGUUGUUUGAGAAUCUGAAGGAGGGCGUGGAUGGGCUUUUCCUGGGACGCUUCGCGCAUGUUCCCGAGCAGUUCUACAAGACCAUCGUCGAGAUUGCUGCCGCUUGA